GCAAAGGAUUGUGGGUCAGAAUGGCCAAAGAAGCAUGCUGACAUGCAUACUGCGAAAUAUGACUGGAUGUAGUAGAACAUCCUGGUACUUUUGGCAUACUGCAUCUGAUAUUGGGACACACUAAUUCUUUUUCUGGCAUACUAAAUAAUAUGGUAGUAUGGCUAUUGGAACGCAGGGACGGAGUAAAGAGGAAGUAAAGCGCAACGAAACGUGAUUAGUACUGACACACAGAGGAGGAUGUCUGUGACUGUGAGGAAUCUUUUUCAACAUAUAGUUGAGCCUCUGGACCCUGCAGACCCAACGCAGCAAUUUUACAAUCUUUCCAAACUUGGAGAUCCCAGAUAUGACCGUCUGCCGUUCUCUGUGCGCGUCCUGCUGGAGUCUGCUGUCAGGAACUGUGAUGAGUUUCUGGUGAAGAAGUCAGAUGUGGAAAGCAUCCUUAACUGGAAGCAGACCCAGACUCAAACUGUGGAGGUGCCAUUCAGACCAGCUCGUGUCAUCCUGCAGGACUUCACUGGUGUCCCUGCUGUGGUGGACUUUGCUGCCAUGCGUGAUGCGGUGAUGAAACUCCGUGGUGACCCAGAGAAGAUUAAUCCUGUGUGUCCUGCUGACCUCGUCAUCGAUCACUCCAUCCAAGUGGACUUUAACAGGAAGUCUGACAGCCUUCAGAAAAACCAGGAUUUGGAGUUUGACCGCAACAGAGAGAGAUUUCAGUUCUUAAAGUGGGGCUCCAAAGCCUUCAGGAACAUGCGAAUCAUUCCUCCUGGUUCAGGGAUUGUUCACCAGGUCAACCUGGAGUACCUGGCCAGAGUGGUGUUUAACCAUGAUGGGUACUUCUACCCUGACAGCCUGGUGGGCACUGACUCCCACACCACAAUGAUUGAUGGACUGGGAGUCCUGGGCUGGGGUGUUGGUGGAAUUGAGGCAGAGGCUGUUAUGCUGGGUCAGCCAAUAAGCAUGGUACUGCCUGAGGUGGUGGGAUACAAGCUGUCCGGGAUCCCAGACAAGUUCAUUACCUCCACUGACAUUGUCCUCACUGUUACUAAGCACCUCCGUCAAGUUGGUGUUGUAGGAAAGUUUGUCGAGUUUUUCGGCCCUGGUGUUGCUCAGCUGUCCAUCGCUGACAGAGCCACCAUCUCCAACAUGUGUCCAGAGUAUGGAGCCACAGCAGCUUUCUUCCCCGUGGACGAGGUCAGCAUUCAGUACCUGGAGCAGACAGGGCGAGAAGCAGAGAAGCUGGCCUUCAUUUCAAAGUACCUGAAGGCAGUGGGCAUGUUCAGAGACUACAAUGAUGUCUCUCAGGAUCCAGAUUUCACUCAGGUUGUAGAGCUGGAUCUGAGUACAGUGCUCCCCUGCUGCAGCGGACCCAAAAGACCUCAGGACAGAAUCUCUGUGUCCAACAUGAAAACCGACUUUGAAGACUGCCUGGGAGCAAAGCAAGGUUUCAAGGGUUUCCAGGUGGCUUCUGAGCGUCACAGCACUGUGGUGCCCUUCCAGUUUAAUGGAAAUGAGUAUACGUUAAGCCAUGGCUCAGUGGUCAUCGCUGCUAUCACCAGCUGCACCAACACAAGCAACCCAUCUGUCAUGCUUGGAGCAGGGCUCCUUGCGAAAAAAGCAAUAGAGUGUGGCUUGAGUGUGAAGCCGUACAUAAAGACCAGCCUAUCACCUGGCAGUGGAGUUGUCACCUACUAUCUGAAGGAAAGUGGUGUAAUGGACUACCUCUCUCAGCUGGGCUUUGAGGUUGUUGGCUAUGGUUGCAUGACCUGUAUAGGCAACAGUGGGCCUCUCCCAGAACCCGUGGUGGAGGCCAUAACCCAGGGAGAUCUGGUUGCUGCAGGUGUCCUCUCAGGAAACAGAAACUUUGAAGGAAGAGUCCACCCCAACACCAGAGCUAACUACCUGUCUUCCCCACCACUCGUCAUCGCCUACGCAAUAGCCGGCACUGUAAGGAUAGACUUUGAAAAUGAACCAAUUGGCACGAACUCUGAAGGCAGAGAGAUUUACCUGAGGGAUAUCUGGCCGUCACGGGAAGAGAUCCAGGCUGUGGAGAGAACGUUUGUCAUCCCAUCAAUGUUCAAAGAAGUCUAUGAGAAGAUUGAGAAAGUGAAUGAGCGCUGGAACUCUCUGGUUGCUCCAUCUGACAAACUCUAUACAUGGGACCCCAAUUCAACCUACAUAAAGUCACCACCUUUUUUUGAUGGUUUGACAAUGGACCUGCAGCCACCCAAGUCCAUACAUGAUGCCUACGUGCUGCUGAACUUAGGAGACUCGGUCACCACUGACCACAUUUCUCCUGCAGGGAACAUUGCUAGAAACAGCCCUGCAGCACGCUACCUGACCAACAGAGGUUUGAGUCCCCGUGACUACAACUCAUACGGCUCACGUCGCGGUAAUGACGCUGUCAUGGCAAGAGGGACGUUUGCCAAUAUCCGCCUCUUUAACAAGUUCCUCAACAAGCAGGCACCACAAACCAUUCACCUGCCAACUGGAGAAACGCUGGAUGUGUUUGAUGCUGCAGAGAGAUAUCAGCAGUCCAAGACCCCUCUGCUGGUCCUCGCAGGGAAGGAAUAUGGCUCAGGCAGCUCCAGAGACUGGGCUGCAAAGGGCCCCUUCCUACUGGGUAUAAAGGCAGUUUUGGCAGAGAGCUAUGAGCGGAUCCACCGCAGUAACCUGGUUGGGAUGGGGGUGAUUCCUCUGGAGUAUCUCCCAGGAGACACUGCUGACAGCUUGGGACUGACCGGCCGAGAGCGCUACACCAUCGUCAUCCCCGAGCAGCUCACACCUAGGAUGAUGGUAGAUGUGAAGCUUGACACAGGAAAAACAUUCCAAGCGCGGAUGAGGUUUGACACCGACGUAGAGCUGGCAUAUUUCCACCAUGGAGGAAUCCUCAACUACAUGAUCCGCAAGAUGUCUGAAAACUAACGUGCCAAGUAUAGUACAGAGCGAGAGCAACGUGCCAUCCCUGUAACUCUCAGCUACAGUCCAACAUGGCAACACCAUAGUGAGUUCAUGUUAACGGUUGACAGAAGAAUAGCGUCCUAAAGUAAUCCAAUCAUUGUCCAUGUACGGUGGAAAGAGCCUUUUACAGACAGUUAUCACUAUGUUCUCAUUUUUGAGAAUGCUGCUACUUGUUUUACUUACAUAGCAAAGCUGGGGGGAAUAUAUAUGAGAUGUGGAUAUUUAAUUAAGAUAUGCAAGAUUAGAUGAUGUUAAAGAGUUAGAAAGUAGAGAUGCAUCAAUCGAUCAGCUGGUGGCCAGCAUUUGCCAAUUUUCAGCUUGUUCAGUCGUAACCGAUGACCAGCUGGUCAGUCUCAGAUAUAUACGAUCCUGAUCCAAACAGAUUUACAUGCAUGUAUGACACAGUGUUAAACGUCGCACACACAGUGGCACAGACACUAACCAACUAUUGUCACAGCUUCUGCCACCCAUUCCCAUUCCCAGUUCAUCAAAUACAGGUGCUUCGUCACGCCCCAUCAUUAGUGACUUUUCCAACCUUCUUCUUUGAGUAUUUAUAGAUCUGUUGCUCCUGUUCUCUUUUGGGAAAGUGAAACACAUGAGACAAAGUGGGAUAUACUGCAGAUGGAUUUGAUUCAUACAAAGGUUUGUGCAGUAACCGGAGCACUUUUUAUUUAGAGUCUGAGUGAGAGAGCAUCCUCUAACCUGCUGCAGUUUGGGAGAAAAAGUAAAAGGUAUUUAAUUGUCAGUGUUUUAUUAACGACAUACAGUUAAAUUUUCUAUAAAGAUACAUACCCUCUGCAGUUGUGGUAAAUAAAAGCCCUGCCAAUACGUGUGAAUUUUAAUUCAUUUAUAUCCUCCAUUAUGAAGAAAUAGCAUUCUUUGCUAGCCUGAUGCUAAUGGCAGUACUCAUCGGGAUGUUAAAUUGUCUCUGUUUCUGUUCGUCUGUCUGCAUGAUAUCUCAAGACAGCUCCAGGGAAUCUCUUCAAAUUUGGCACAAAUAUCCACUUGGGCUCAACAAUGAACCGAUUAGAUUUUGGUGGCCAAAGGUCAAGGUCACUGUGACCUUGUCUGCCUCAUUCUCAUGAACACGAUAUCUCAAGAACACCUUGAGGGAAUUUCUUCACAUUUAGCACAAAAUUCAUUUGCAAAUAAUGACAACAGCUUCACACAAAGGUUUAAUGGAAUGCAAUAAUGAAGUGAUGACAUUUUAUAUCCCAAAGGUCAAAGGUCAGCUUUCACUAUGACAUAAUGUUCUGCAAAAACAACAACACUUUUCUGGCCAUUAUUAAUGGUCAUAUCUCAGGAACAGAAGGGGAAGUAUUUGGUCAGAUACUAAAUUGGUGACGCUCAUCUUGAAACUGUGCUGGUUGAAUAGAUCUGUGUGUGAAGUAUCCAUGUUUUCACAGACAUGGAUAUAAACUGUAAGAGAAACUUGUGGGUGUCGGCAUACAACUGAAACAUGCCAUGUCGGGAUGUCGUGAGGUGUUCCAAAUGCAGCAUUGAUUGUUGUCUAUGAUGACACACUACAUGAGAUAAAACGAUAGAUUAUCACACACAACACUCAUUGUCGUUCACAAUCUGAGCCAACCCAGUAUGACGCCACGUCAGGCUAUAAUUGGGCUGAUAUCCUGUAGUCUAAACCCGGCAUUACAGUUUCAGGAAGAGAUAAAAUAGGUAUCACCCAAAAUCAGAAUCGGAAGGUCAGACUUAAAAAAUUGGAAAUCGGAAACGUCCAAGAAAAUUGGUGCAUCUCUAUAAAAAAAAAAGUUAGUACAGCCAGACGCGGUAGCUGCUCUCUGAGAGGGUGGGGGGCACAACUUUUGUUUUGAGUUUGAGCUGAGCCAAGGCAAAGGACUACCACUCUACAGUGUGGGUCUUUAUUUUUUUCAGUUUUGAUGACAUUGCCGCUCUAUAGCUGGGUUUAAAGAUGUGUACCUUGAAGGUACCAAUUGGUACGACAGCACGAAGUAGUAAAAAUGUCAGACUGUCAGUGAGUACUACAUACUGAUACUUCAGAGAGUAAUCCUGUCAAUCUCAAGUCAUAAAUUCUGUCCUCCCCAGCAGUAUCCGCAGUGUUUGCAUUCUUUCAUAUCAGCAAGAUGUUUCACCUUAUUUCAUUAGUGAACAUUCCGCUCGGUUGCCAUAUCUACAUAGUUUCAUUCCCUGAUAAUACAGCAGGUUUACCGUGGAGAUGUGUGUUAUUGAAAAGGAAAGGAUAACUGUGUCUCUGCCGACAUCAGAAAACACAAGCAGCCAAUCACAGUAGGCACAGUAGCUUCAAUGUAUUCUCACAAAACUGCAUAACUUCUGACACAUGCAGCCAGCAAUUCAAUUCAAUUCAAUUUUCAGGUAAAGUUAACCUCUGAUGCAUAAGUAGAAAUCCAACAUAGCGAGACAGUGUGAGGAGUGUAUCCAACACCCUACAUCUUUCGUUGCCAUGGCCAGAUAAAGGUCCCUGUUGAGUUUUUAGUAGCCCUGUAGAAAAAUGUUUUUUUGUGUGCCCCAUUUUGUUAGCACAAGGAGAUGAUAUGUUACACAUUCCAGCCAAUGGUUUGACACUUCUCUACUGAUCAGCAGGUGGCAGUGAUUUGCUGAGAUAUGCAACACAAUAGCAGGGAAGAGGAAGGUUGAUGUAAACAGUGUAGAUGUCAGACUACUCUAGUGAGUAAUGCUGAAUGUAAACAGGAAGAAAACAAGAAAACUCCACGGAGCGCCUUAAAUUGCUGCUCAUAUCGUCAUCUGCAGCCAUGCAGAGUGCACUGUUCUGCUAUGAUAAGAGUGAAACCUAACUGUAGCUGUUUAAAGAUUUGGUCUGAGACUGAACUCAAGCAUCCAUUUCUUCCCCUGUGGCACCUUCCAAGGGCUGGAUUAACACUCAUGUUGAUUCUGGUUUUAUGCCUUCACGCUGGCAGUGGCCGUGACCAGAGGCAUUCUGCUUUCAGGUCGUCCGUCCCUCCCAUUAUUGUGAAGCCAGUAUCUCUAGAACAAAUGGAGGGAAUUUUUUCAAAUUUGGCACAAAAAGUCCGCUUCGGCUCAAAAAUGAACUUCCUAGAAUUUGGUGGUUUAGGGUCAAGGUCAGGGUCACUGUGACCUCACAAUAACUCAAUAAUUCAUUUGUUAAUCACAACAAAUUUUCACACAAUUGUUUAAUAGGAUAAAAUGAUGAAGUGAUCAAGUCAAGUGAUGGUCAGAGGUCACUGUGACCUUGCAUCUGUCGCAUUGUCAUAAACACAACAUUUAAAGAACACCUUGAGGGAAUUUCUUCAAAUUUGGUAUAAACAUUCACUUGGACUCAGAAAUAAACUGGUUAGAUUUUGGUGGUCAUAGAUCACUUUGACCUUGUAUCCGUCUCAUUCUUAUGAACGCUGUAUCUUGAAAAUGACUCAAGGAAUUUUCCUCAAAUUUUGCACAAACGUCCACUUGGGAGUCAAAAAUGAACUGAGCAGAAUUUGGUGGUCAAAGGUCAAGGUCACUGUGACCUCACAAAAUGUUUUGAGCUGUAACUCAAGAAUUCAUUUGAUAAUAGUAUUCACACAUAGUUUCACACAAAUGUCUAAUAGGAUUAAAUGAUAAAGUGAUGACAUUUUGUAUCCAGAAGAUCAAUGGUCAACUUCUCUGUGACAUCAUAAUGUUCUGCAAAAACACUUUUCUGGCCAUUAUUCAACAUCAUAACUCAGAAACAGAAGGGAAGACAUUUGGUCAAAUACUGAAUUGGUAAAACGAAUCUCACUAACCUGGGCUGAUUGUAUAGAUCAGUGAUUCCCAAUUUGUAGAUCACGGUCCAGAAGUGGGUCAUUUUGAACAGACUACAGGUGACUCGCAAACAUGUCAAGUUUGUAAAAAACACAAUUUAUUUUGACAUACAAUGAAUUUCCAGCACAGAGCUUAUAAUUUGAAGUGCCGUUUCCUGCUGUAGAGUGAGUGACUAACGGACAGCUACUUGACAGAGAAAGCAAACUAGCUUGACGUCAUGGCAUAACUUAAAUAUGACGCUGAACAUAUUAACCUGUGUGGACCUUGAACUAAAGACUAAUGAGAAAUCUGGACCCUGUGGCUGGACCAGUUGGGAACCACUGGUAUAUAUCUUCAGUGCUUCCGAGAGGAAGAUGUGUGCAAAGCAUCCACUUUACCUGCAACUUUACUGGUAAUUGUAGUUAACAGUGACAAUGAGAAGCAGAUAAACCACCGGACCGAUAAGAGUAGAGGUGUCAAUAAAGUCCUAACAAUGCCCAUCUCUUGUUAAAAAUGAUAAAAAGUCCCAUGUUGUAAUAAUUCAAAAGUCCUCUUUUAAAGCAAGAAUUGUGUAGUGAUUUUAAAAUUUAUCCUUAACAUUGUUAAAGAAUCAGCUUUUUUUAUGUGGACAAGAAGUUCUUGAAGUGCUCAGAAAAAAAUAAACAUUUGGUUAUCUGAUGUGGAAGAGCUUGUGAUAAAAGCUCCUGAGAAGCUACAGCAUGGACCCUGUGUGGAUGUCAUCAGGGAUUAUGUUGGUGAUAAUAUGAUAUUAUUGAUGGUGCUGGACCAAUGAAUCAUAAAGGAAGAUAUUUGGCUUGACUAGACUGAGAGUAGACUAUUAUUGUGGUUACUCCUUCAGCGAAACCCUCUGUGGUGAAAUACUGUAUCACAAUAAUGGUUACCUUCUAUCGCACACCGUUCAGCUGUUUCCUCUUCAGGUUGUCGUCUUAUUCAUAAUCAUUUUCAUGUUUCUCUUCAUCUUACAGUCAAGAAAACAUACGUGUUUGUUCUUCGCUCAUUCCAAGCUUUGAUUGUAAAUCUGCUUAUGUUUUUGUUAUUGACUGCCUUAAUAACUGCAUAUGUGAUCGUCCUGAUUUAAAGCUGUUUGAGUCUUUUUGCCCUUUUAUCCUGAAACACUAAUCAUUUUGAUUCUGAAGACUGACAAAUGUUCAUGUUCAUUAUACUGUGUGAAUGCAUUGUCUGUAAGUCAUAGAUUACUGAAAACAAUAAAAAAAAAUUUUGUAAUUUU